UUUUGACCACUGCCGAGAGACGGUGGAUUGGCUCCUGGGCCACACGAAGCAGCGGCCCCGGAUCGCCAUUGUCUGUGGCUCCGGGCUGGGUCUGCUUGCUGACAGCUUGAAGAACCAGGAGUCUUUCCAAUACACGGACAUCCCCAACUUUCCACACAGCACAGUGCCGGGCCACGAAGGGCGUCUCGUCUUCGGGGAGCUGCAAGGCAAGCCGUGCGUCUGCAUGAAGGGGCGCUUCCACCUGUACGAGGGAUACCCUCUUUGGAAGGUCACCUUCCCGAUCCGUGUGUUUAAACUCUUGGGCGUGGAGAUUCUGCUGGUGACCAAUGCGGCCGGAGCCUUGGCCGAUUUGUACCACGUCGGAGAUCUCAUGGUGAUCCGGGACCACAUCAACUUUCCAGGCUUGGUCGGACAAAACCCCCUGCUUGGACCCAACGAAGAGAGGUUUGGACCUCGUUUCCUGGCCCUUUCCGAUGCCUACGACGGGAAGAUCCGCACGCUAGCGAUGGAAAUAGCCAGGCAGUUUGGAUACGACUCCUUUGUCAAAGAGGGCGUCUACUGCAUGGUCAGCGGUCCCACCUUUGAAUCCAUCGCAGAGGCCCGAUUGUUGCACCUGUUGGGGGCAGAUGCUGUGGGAAUGAGCACUGCGGCCGAGGUCGUCGUGGCCAGGCACUGCGGAUUGCGGGUCUUUGGUCUGUCGCUGAUCACUAACAAGGUGAUCAAGGAGUACGAUUCCCAGGAGUCCAUUGACCAUCUCAAGGUGCUGGAGGUGAGCCAGAGUCGAGCUUCCCUCCUCCAGACAUUCCUGACGGAACUAGUAGGCAGGUUGGAGUAGAUCGACAGUGGCAGCAGCGACCCAGAAGACGACGAGACCACCUGUCAGAAUGGAAACUGAGUGCUCCGGAGCUCAAAUAGAGCAGGGGUCUCCCCAAACAUGAGCGGCAUCAACUUAGGCCAGUGCAUGCCUCUUCGGCCAAGUCAGUCGACCUCUGCCCUCUCACUGCAUCCCAACUGGGAUCCGAUGGUCGUUCUCUUGGCCCGGUGCGCGGCCCAGAACACCAUACUGUGGCCACAGACAGGGGCCAUUUCCUGCAGG